UUGUCUCAUCGUCAUUGUAAGCAAGCUGUAAGCGAACAGCUCCUCGCAUGUUAGUCAGACGGGCGAGUGCCCUUCGCAUGUGCCCCUUAUAUGCGACGAGAAGUCCCUUGAGGUUCUCUCGCCAACUACCAUGUCCAUGUCCCACUCCCUCUUCAAGCUCCCCCACGUUGAAAGUGCUCCAAGCCGUGUUAGGGUGCUCUUCGGCGGACAGUACAUCGUCGACACAUACAACGCGAAGCUUGUAUGGGUCUCGUCCUAUUAUCCCACUUAUUUCUUCGAAGCAAAGGACUUGCCCGAGAAAUAUCUCGCUCGCUCCCUAAACUCUACCGAUGAUAGCAAGUACGAGGUCUAUGAUGUUGUCAUAGGGAGUAACCGGGCUCUUGGAGCUGCAACAAAGUACGUCGAAGGGGAACUCCAAGGACUCAUCUCCAUCCUGUUCGGUGCAAUGGAUGCUUGGCUUGAGGAGGACCAGCAGGUUUUUGUUCACCCUAAGGAUCCAUACAAGCGUGUGGACGUCUUACAAUCGUCCCGCCACGUCCGCGUCGAAUUCAACGGCCAAGUCUUAGCAGAUACGAGGAGGCCCAAGUUCCUACUCGAGACUGGACUCCGCAGGCGUACCUAUAUUCCUAAGCCCGACUGCAAUAUGCAGUUCUGGGUAGAGUCACAACAUACUACCGAGUGUCCGUACAAGGGCGUCGCGAACUAUUACGCCAUCCGGCUGCCGAACGGUACAGAAGAACCGAAUAGUGUGUGGUGGUAUCGCAAUGCGAACCCGGAGUGCUUGCAGAUCGAGGGCCUUGUCGCUUUCUAUGAUGAGAAGUUCGAUGUUUACAUCGACGGAGAGCUGCAGAAGCGUUAAAUCGCGGCUAAACUCCCAGCUAUAAGACUCGCUGUCCAGUCCAGAACUUGUAAAUGUAUACAUCGUUGUGUAUGCGUAUGCGCCGUCAUGUAUCGUCCUUUAACACUGUGUAUCAUGUCGGAUAGCUACUAGUAUCCCGUGCCGUCACUCGCCUGGAUCCUCGUCCGUUUCGUGCGGCAGAACCUCGUACAGAUACCGCGUUGAGAGCCCAUCAUCACGCCUCUCAGUUGGCGUUGCAUCUAGUGCAAACAGCUGGGCUGCAUCGCGCACGUGCGGACUCCCCGGUGCAGACUCGUCUAGCAUGUCUCCCGACUCCUGCAAGGCCAAACAAGCGGCGCGUAUAGGCGGGCUGGUCGGCUCAACGAGACGUGUUCCUGCUCGUAAAGCGACCGGCGACUCGUGUAACGGUGUAGGGGAGUGCGACAACCAGGGGCUAGGGUACGCAGCAGACAUGGACUGUGAUGGCGAGUCGAAGAGCAGGGGCCGAGAGUUGGGGUUAGAAGAGAGGGCCCGCUCAUCGUCGCCGUCAUUCAUGCCGAACCGCGCACGAGAUACGCUUGGAAGGAGACGGUCGUUACCGCCGCCCCAAUCGCCAAACAGGAAAGACUCCUCUUCGCUUGUGAGCGCGUCGUACGACCCUUGGGGUACGGGGCCGACGUUUGCAGAACCGGGCUUCUUCAACAAAGGACAGUCCAGGUAAUCGUCACUGGCGUCACAACGGUGCGAGGACCAUCGACAGUGUUCGUCCUUGCAUUUCGUGAUGUCGUUAUGAAGUGUCUGGAGCCCAUCAUGUAAAUAUGCGGAAAUGCGCUUCUGGUCGCCGAGCAGCGCGUCUCGGAGAAAAAGCUUUUCGAAGGUGUGAAGCAAUGUACGUAGCGGAGGACGGUGUGCUGUGAAGAGCUCCUUAUGCAUGUGGACGGACAAACCAUAGAGCCACUCUUCAUCGUUAACGUGUCGGACACCGUACACAUGCUUCGCCGUCUUUUGAAGCAGGGUUUCGCCAGCUUGCAUCAUUUUCCCGAUGAUCUUGGUUACAUCUUCAGAUGACGCGAGGGACUUCUGUUCAACAAGCCAUCCUGAUGCAGCGUGUACGAACAUAUCGAGAAGAUCAAUGCUCCAUGUGUAGGGAUCGGUGUCGAAGUAGUGCAGCAGGAGCUUUUCAUAGUCCUUGGUUCGAGUAGAACCGGGGCAAGUGACUACG